AAAAAAAAAAAAAAAAAAAAAAACAACUAAAUGUAAAACCUGAUACUAUAAAAACUUCUAGAAGAAAACAUAAGGGAAAAAUCCUUGUGUCCUUGGUUUAGGCAACAGUUUUUAGAUAUGCUACCAAACCCAUUAAAUAACAAAUUGAUAACUUGGUCAUCAUAAAAAUUAAAACUAAAAACUACUAUUGAAAAGUCACUGUUAAGAAAAUGAAAAUACAAGCCACAGACUGGGAGAAAAAUCUUUGCAAAGUAGAACUGACAAAGAACUUGGAACUACAAUAUCUAAAGAAUUUCUGGGACUUCCCUGGUUGUGCAGUGGUUAAGAAUCUGCCUGCCAAUGCAGGGGACAUGGGUUCAAGCCCUGGUCCGGGAAGAUCCCACAUGCCAUGGAGCAAAUAAGCCCAUGCACCACAACUACUGAGCCUGUGCUCUAGAGCCCGCAAGCCACAACUGCUGAGCCUGUGUGCCAUAACUACUGAAGCCCACACACCUAGAGCCCGUGCUCCGCAACAAGAGAAGCCACCACAAUGAGAAGCCCACGCACCACAACGAAGAGUAACCCCCGCUCUCCACACAUAAAGAAAGCCUGAGCACAACAAUGAAGACCCAGCAGAGACAAAAUUUUUUUAAAAAUUAUAUAAAAUAAAAAAACAGAAGAAAACCAUUAAGAAAAUAAAAGAAGCUCUUAAAAAAUCAGUAUAAAUAAGAAUUAGAAAAAUUCAGAAAUGUGAGAAUUGGAAAAAAAAUAAGAUUUUAAAAAGUAAGCUUACAAAACUCAGGAAAAAGAAUAAACUAAAAGUUAUUUCUGAAAUGAAAAGUAAACUAGAAUGGGGGCUUCCCUGGUGGCGCAGUGGUUAGGAAUCCUCCUGUCAAUGCAGGGGACAUGGGUUCGAUCCCUGGUCCAGGAAGAUCCCACAUACUGUGGAAAAACUGAGCCCGUGUGCCACAACUACUGAGCCUGCACUCUAGAGCCCACAAGCCACAACUACUGAGCCCAUGCCAUGACUACUGAAGCCCGUGUUCCUAGAGCCCAUUCUCCACAACAAGAGAAGCCACUGCAAUGAGAAGCCUGUGCACCGCAGUGAAGAGUAGCCCCCACUCUCUGCAACUAGAGAAAGCCUGCACGCAGCAAUGAAGACCCAAUUCAUCCAAAAAAUAAAUAAAUGAAUAAAAAUCUAAAAAGAAAAAUUUAACAGAGCCUCAGGGACCUAUGGGAUUCUAACAAAAGAUCUAACAUUCUUGUCAUCAUAGUCCUGGAGAAAAAGAUAAAAGAGAUGAAAAAGUACUUGAAUGGCUGAACACUACCCAAAUUUAGCAAACCCCAAACAGGAUAAAGGCAAAGAAAUCCACUUCAAGACACCUCAUAGUCAAACUUCUGAAACUAAAGACAAAGAGUAGAAUUGCAAAAGCAGUGAGAAAGAAAUGACACCUUACCUAUCAGAGAAAAACAAUUCGAAUGAUAAUAGAUUUCUCCUCAGAAACUGUGGAAGCCAUAAAGAAGUGGCACAUUUUUUUAUGUGCUGAAAGAAAAUAACUGUCAAGCCAGAAUCCUGGGACUUUCCUGGUGGUCCAGUGGCUAAGAUGCCACUCUCCCAAUGCAGGGGGCCCGGUUUUGAUCCCUGGUUAGGGAACUAGAUCCCACAUGCUGCAACUAAAAGUUCACAUGCUGCAACUAAAAGAGCCCACAUGAUGCAAUUAAAAGAGCCCGCGGGACUUCCCUGGUGGUGCAGUGGUUAAGAAUCUCCCUGCCAAUGCAGGGGACACGGGCUCAAGCCCUGGUCCAGGAAGAUCCCACAUGCCACGGAGCAACUAAGCCUAUGCACCACAACUACUGAGCCUGUGCUCUAGAGCCCAUGAGCCACAACUACUGAGCCCGUGUGCCACAACUACUGCAGCCCGCAUGCCAGAGCCCAUGGUCUGCAACAAGAGAAGCCACCACAGUGAGAUGCCCGCGCACCACAACGAAGAGUGGCCCCUGCUCUCCACAACUAGAGAAAGCCCGCAUUCAACAGCAAAGACACAAUGCAGCCCAAAAUAAAUAAAUAAAUAAAUGUAAAAAAACAAGAGUUUGAAUACCACAACUAAAAGAGCCCGUAUGCUGCAAAUGUCCUGCAUGCUGCAACAAAGGUCCCGUGUGUCGCAACUAAGACCCAGCGCAGCCAAAUAAGUAAAUUUUUUUUUUAAAAAGCUGUAGUCUUGUAUUCAGCAAAAAUAAACUUCAGGAAUGAAGGGGAAAUCAAGAUAUCGAUAUUUUCAGAUGAAGGAAAACUUAGGGAAUUUGUCACCAGAAAAACUACGUUAAAAGGAUGGCUAAAGAAGUUAUUAAAAUAUAAAGGAAAUGAUAAAAGAAGGAAUUUUAGACUAUCUGGAAGGAGGAAAAAACAAUGGAAAGAUGAAAAUAUGGGGGGACUUCCUUGGUUGUCCAGUGGUUAAGAUUCCACACUCCCAAUGCAGGGGGCACGGGUUCAGUCCCUUAUCAGGGAACUAAGACCCUGCAUGCACAGAGCAGCCAAAAAAUUUUUUUAAAUGAGAUUUUUAAAAAAGAUGAAAAUAUGGGUAAAUAUAAUAGGCUUUAUGGGUCUUCUUGAGUUUUCCAAGUUGUUUUUGAAUAAUAUUGAUGUGGUUCUCAAAGUAUGUAGAAGACAUAGUUAAGACAAUUAUAUUAUAAAUGAGGGAAGAUAAAGGGACUUAAGGUAGGUACACUUUCUAUACUUCACUUGAACUGGUAAAAUGUCAACACCAGUAAACUUUGAUGUGUAUGUAUAAUGUACCUAGAAUAAGGAACAAGUAAUCCUUAGGAAGAUAGUAAAAAACAAAAAACAGAGAGAUGAAGGACAGAGGGAACAAAAAGAAGACAGAAAAUUAAGUGGCAGAUUUAAGCCCUAACAUUAUUGAUAAUUACAUUAAAUGUGAAUGGUCUAAAUACAACAAUUAAAGGACAAAGAUUGAUGGCCUGAAUUUAAAAAGUGACCCAACUAUAUCUUGUCACUUCAAAUAUAACAGUAUAGGUAGGUUGAAAAUAAAAGGAUGGAAAAAGAUAUACUAGGCAAACAUUAACCAAAAGAAAUCAGGAGUGGCUAUAUUAAUAUCAGAUAAAGUAGAUCUCAGAGCAAGAAAUUUGUCAAGAACAGAGAAUGAUAUUACAUAAUGAUAAAAGAGUCAAUCUUAAAUAUGUAUGCACCAAUCAACAGAGUUGCAAAAUAUGUGAAGCAAAAACUAAUAGAACUGAAAGGAGAAAUAGAUAAAUUAAAAUUACAGUUGUAGACUUCAAUACGCAUCUCUCAACAGGUGAUAAAACAAGUAGCCAUAAAGUCAGGAAAGAUACAGAACUCCACAGCACCAUCAACCAACAGGAUCUAAUCAUCAUUUAUAGAACAAUGCACCCAGCAACAGCAGAAUAUACAUUCUUUUCAAUCACCAAAAAACCCACAUUUACCAAGAUAGAUCAUAUUCUGAGGAUCACAAAACCUCAACAAAUGUUAAAAAAAUUGAAAUCAUACAGAGUAUGUUCUCUGACCACAAUGGACUCAAACUAGAAAUCAGUAACAGAAAGAUAACAGGAAAAUCUCCAAACACUUGGAAACUAAACAAUACACUUAUAAAUAAAAUGAGGACGUUUCAAAGAAAUUUUUAAAAAUACAUCAAGCUCAGUGAAAAUGAAAUGUUCUGGCCACCCAUUCCAUAAUCAGGUAAUUACAAGGAGUAACUUUUAUUAAAAGUCAAAAAAGAAUUUUAAAAAAUCACAGUUUAUUUCUGAAUUUGAAUUGUUGUAAGAACAUUCUAUUGAUUCCAGUUGCUACUGCUGCUCUUGAGCAGUUUCUUAGUCAAUGGAAUUGACAGGUUAGCAAUUUUACUGAAAGAAGGCAAGAAAAAAUUAAUGAAAUAAACAUAUAAUUUAUUGUAUUACUUCUCUGAACAUCACUGACCCAUCAAGAGAAUACUCAGACAUAAGCAAGAGUAAUAAAAUUCUAUCAGGUCUGAUAUUUUGCUAACUUUCAGUCAUAUAAAAACAGCUUUACACAUUUUUUUUUUUUUUUUUUUUUUUUUGCGGUACGCGGGCCUUGCGGCCUCUCCCGUUUCGGAGCACAGGCUCCGGACGCGCAGGCUCAGCAGCCAUGGCUCACGGGCCCGGCCGCUCCGCGGCACGUGGGAUCCUCCCGGACUGGGGCACGAACCCGCGUCCCCUGCAUCGGCAGGCGGACCCCCAACCACUGCGCCACCAGGGAAGCCCUUUACACGUAUUUUUCAUUUUUAUUAUGAAAGUGUAUUUGUGGAAAUAAGAAGUGAACAUAUUUUAUUUAACAAAUUGUAACUUGAUUUAUAUCUUUUAAAUAUUUAGAUACACAGUAUGUCUGUUUUUCAUUUCUUCUCUUGCACUGGGCCCAGCAGAUGUUAGGGGUGGGCCUGAUCCUAACCUCCUUGACCCUCAGACCCUCAGCUUCCUUUUCCGGAAAAGGAGAAUAACACUCCUGAGCUCACGAAUUCGGAUGAACUAGGCACCUGAGCAAAUAUGGCUAAUGUAAGUUCCCUCACUCUCCUGAGGAGGAAUUCAUGUUCUAGGAGUGUUUUGGAGUCUUUGUUUUGUUUUUCUUUCUUUAAAAUUUUAUUUUUAUUUUUUGGGGUAUGCACGGGAGUCUCGUGGGUAAGGAAGUGGUUGAAAACACCGAAGGGAGAGUUGUGUGAUAGGGCGGGGUGGGAUCGGCUCCGAGGAACUGGCUUUGGUAGUGGGAAUGGAGAAGAGGAAUCCCCAUCCGCCCCCGCAGGAAACGCUCCAGUGAUUGGAGGUGUGUGUGCUUGUGUGUGCCGGUGUGUGAGGAGGGGGUUAGCUCUGACUCCCGCAGACAUCACCACGCAUGACGAAGCUACUUCCCCUCACGCGGUCCAAGGCGCACACGCGCGAUCCACGGCCACGCCUGCACACACUCGACACACACAGGGUAACCGAGGGUCCGGUUGCCAUGGCGAGCAGGAGCGCGAGAGCCCUGCCGCCCCGCCCGCCCCCGGCCGAGCCCGGUCAACUCCAUCUCUGAUUGGUCGCUGCUUCCUCAUUAUGCAAAUCAUUUGCGUAGACCCGGCGGCCAGCUGCCUUACGUCAUCAAACACGGGGGCUGGGGCUCGGGGCUCAGCUCCGGGAGAGCUCGGGCGGGAGCCCAGAGAGCGAGGCGCGGGGACCCGAAGCUAGACCCCAGCAUCCCGCCGCUUCGGCCCGGGCCUGCCCCGCCCCCUGCCCCGCCCUUUUCCAGCCCGCCCCACCCUUUCUACGCCCCUCCAUCCGGACCCCGCCCCCGGUGCAGCCCCCCGCCCUCGCUGCCCGUGUCCCGCCCCCUCCCCCCCUGGCCCUCGCCACCGGUCCAGGGAGGGGACGGCGGGACAGGCGGGACCGGCGGGAGGGCGGACCGGGCGGGGAUAUGGCCGCGGCGCCCGGAGGGUCUGCGCCGCCCGCCGGCCCCGGCCCGCGCCUGGGUUUCAGCACCGCGGACAGCGGCGUCGGCAUGAGCGGGCUAAACCCGGGUCCUGCCGUGCCCAUGAAGGACCACGACGCCAUCAAGCUCUUCGUGGGGCAGAUCCCGAGGGGCUUGGACGAGCAGGACCUCAAGCCGCUGUUCGAGGAGUUCGGCCGCAUCUACGAGCUGACGGUGCUGAAGGACCGGCUCACCGGCCUCCACAAAGGCUGUGCCUUCCUCACCUACUGCGCCCGGGACUCUGCUCUCAAGGCCCAGAGUGCACUGCACGAGCAGAAGACCCUGCCAGGGAUGAAUCGUCCCAUCCAAGUGAAGCCGGCUGCCAGUGAGGGCCGAGGAGAGGACCGAAAACUGUUUGUGGGUAUGCUGGGCAAGCAGCAGGGUGAGGAGGACGUCAGACGCCUGUUCCAGCCCUUUGGCCACAUCGAGGAGUGCACCGUCUUGCGGAGCCCCGAUGGCACCAGUAAAGGCUGUGCCUUUGUGAAGUUCGGGAGUCAAGGGGAAGCUCAGGCGGCCAUCCAGAGUCUGCACGGCAGCCGGACCAUGGCGGGCGCCUCGUCCAGCCUCGUGGUCAAGCUGGCGGACACGGACCGCGAGCGCGCGCUGCGGCGGAUGCAGCAGAUGGCGGGCCAGCUGAGUGCCUUGCAGCCGGCGCCGCUGCCGCUGGGGGCCUGCGGAGCCUACACCACCGCUAUCCUGCAGCACCAGGCGGCCCUACUGGCGGCGGCGCAGGGCCCGGGCCUCGGCCCGGUGGCCGCAGUGGCGGCACAGAUGCAGCACGUGGCGGCCUUCAGCCUGGUAGCCGCGCCGCUCUUGCCGGCUGCAGGUACUGCGCGCAGGGGGCGGGGCCCGCGGCGGGGGCGGGGCGAGGCGGGGCUGCGGCCUGACUCUUCCACUUCCUCGCCACCUGCAGCCAAUUCUCCGCAGGGCGGCGGCCCCAGCACGCUUCCGGGUCUCCCGGCGCCCAUCGGGGUUAAUGGAUUCGGCCCCCUGACCCCCCAGACCAACGGGCAACCUGGCUCGGACAGUCUCUACAAUAACGGGCUCUCUCCUUACCCAGCCCAGAGUCCCGGCGUGGCUGACCCCCUGCAGCAGGCCUACGCUGGGAUGCACCACUACGCAGCAGCCUAUCCGUCGGCCUAUGCCCCAGUGAGCACAACUUUUCCCCAGCAGCCUUCAGGCCUGCCCCAGCAGCAAAGAGAAGGCCCCGAAGGCUGUAACCUCUUCAUCUAUCACCUGCCUCAGGAGUUUGGUGAUGCAGAACUCAUCCAGACAUUCCUGCCCUUUGGAGCCGUUGUCUCUGCCAAAGUCUUUGUGGAUCGAGCCACCAACCAGAGCAAGUGUUUCGGGUUUGUUAGCUUUGACAAUCCAACCAGUGCCCAGACAGCUAUUCAGGCCAUGAAUGGCUUUCAGAUUGGCAUGAAGAGGCUCAAGGUCCAGCUAAAGAGGCCCAAGGAUGCCAACCGGCCUUACUGAUCUACUCUCACUGACCAGCCACAGAAAGAGUGAGAAGAAAGGAAAAGAAAAGCACAGAAAUGCUUGAGCAGCCCUUCCUGAAGGAGCAGCCACAGAUGGAGGUGGACCCAAGGCCAGUGCCUGGGCUCAGGCCACUUUAAGGAUUGUUUUCACCAAGUGGGUUGUUCUGUGCCUGUGAUGUAGAGCUCAGGCUGGCAAGGCCGCUGGGGCUGGCUGAGGAGUGACUGUCUAGGGGAACCAGCAGAGGGCCUUGGGGGCUGCCAAGGGCUUCUCCACAAGGGAAGCCCAGAUUUACUUCUUUCAAAAUCAUAUCAUUCCUUAGAGUUUAGGGACCAAAGGACUAUUGCUUUUUAAAGAAUUAUAUAUAUAUAUAUAUAUAUAUAUAUAUAUAUAUAUAUAUAAAAAUUAAAACAAAGAAACAAAAAAAUCACAAGAGAAACAAAAAGGACAGUAUAGAGUCUAAUAAAAGCUGCCUUUAAAUAUCCCUAGGAGGCAGGGUGAAGGAGACCCUUGAAGACCCCAACCUAGGCAGAGGAAGGCUGUGGAAAGAUUGUUCUGUGUCUCAUUCCCUCUUAACGCCCCCCACCUCCACCCCACCACCUUUUAAAAAUAAUGAAGGACUUGAGGUCUGGGCUCAUAUGCAGGUAACAAGAGAGUUAUUGAAGCAGUGAACCCACAGUUCCCAAACUCAGAGAGCAUCCACGAAGAGGCCUCAAGGAGGAGCUCUGGCCUGCCCUGCUCUUUGCCACCCCGAAAAACCCCUUAAGCCAGCAGGGGUGGGAACCUGCCUUUCCUUCUUGACAGCCUUUGCCGUGGAACCACUGCUUCCUCAGGCAGGAAGAAAGGGAGUUUGGACUGCCCCAGCCUUUCCCUUCCCCAUCCAGUUAGACAGAGGCCCUGCCUUUGGCUGAGCCGAGACACCUCCUGUUUCCCCGAGACACCUCCUGUUUCCCCUCACCUUGAGCCAGCCCCAGUGUCCCCUUGCUCCAGACCACCUUCUGUCUCUAAGUUUGCCCACCGGUAAAGUAGAUUCAGGAUAUAUGUAGAGGGCUCUGACAACAGACUUGGAAGGUUCGCUACUGUAUAUACUGCCAUUGAGAAGGGGAUAAUUUUCAAUUAUGUAGAAGCUUCAGAAUUUAGAGGUCCCUCUUUACCCAGGACCUGGGAGGGAAGUAGAUGUUUUGCCAAAAUACUUCAUCAUUCCUUUAAAAACUACAUCUUUCCUAUGCAAGAGUGUCUCAAUGUGCUUAUCCAAGGUGCUUCUAGAUGGUGAGCAGUGUUCAGCUUAGAAGUGGUGUGUGCUCUGUCUGUCUGUCUUUGUCUGUCUGUUGUAUACAGUGGGUACCAUAUAAAGCUGAUCGAUGGUGGUG